GCAUUUCACCUACCUGAGUAACGGCCAUUUCUCUAUUUAUUUAAUUUUUUUAAAAAAGGAGCAUUAUGGAUUGUCUUUUAAUUCUUUGCUGCUUCUCCUCCUUCUUCUCCAAUAUUGCAUCGCAGAGCUAGCUUUUCUAACAGCAUGUGUGUGGGCAACUUUGCUGAGACGAUGAGAUAAGUUUCGACACACGGUGGAAAAGGAUGCAGUUAACUGUUGCUUUCAACUAAGUUUGUGACAUGAACAUAAUCACGCAAAGCCCGUCCGAGAGACUAAGGCCACUUGUGGGUUUGAAUGGCUGGGACUACUGUGUUCACUGGAAGCUAAGCCAAGACCAGAGGUUUCUUGGAUGGAUGGGAUGCUCUUGUGCUGGCACUGAAGGUAGCCAAAAUGGUGGAGAAGAGCUUCUUUUCCCUGUUUCAUCAGUGGCUCCAUGCAGAGAUAACGUGUUUCCUCAUUCCAGAACGAAGUCCUGUGAUUUACUUUCCCAGCUUCCCACUUCCAUAACCUUAGAUUCUGGGAUUCGUGCAGAGACACUAUUGUCCAAUCAGCCCAAUUGGGUGAACUAUUCUAAUAGCUUUGACCCAAACACUUUGGAAGAAGCAAUUGGGACCCAGGUUUUGAUUCCUGUGCCUGGGGGACUAGUUGAGCUGUUCGUGACAAAGCAAGUGCCAGAAGAUCAACAGGUGAUAGAUUUCAUCACAGCCCACUGCAUUAUGGAUAUGAGCUUCGACAUUGACGUGAAUUCUCUCAGUCAUAUGCAACCAAAUAUGAAUCCCCCUUUAGGGGAUGAGAAUGAUGGGAAUACAAUAGCAUCAGAGACUUCAAGUCUUCCCCCACAUGAUCAAUGCAAUUCACCGAUGAACUUGAUGCAGCAAUAUAGCUACAGCAACCCGCAGAACAUAAUGAAAAGCGACGCCUUUUUCGAAGAUUCCCAAGGUUCAUUCCUAUUCGACAAAAGCCAGCAGUUUGUGGAGCCUAUUGAGAAGAAGGAGCAGCAAGGGGACGAUAAGGAUUUAAUCAAACACUUGGUGGGAAGGUCAGAUUCGAUGUCGGAUUGCAGUGAUCAGAACGAAGAAGAGGAUGAUGGGAAGUACAGGCGAAGGAACGGGAAAGGGAAUCAAUCGAAGAACCUUCUGGCAGAGAGGAGGAGGAGGAAGAAGCUGAACGACAGCUUGUAUAAUCUUCGGUCCUUGGUUCCCAGAAUUUCUAAGCUAGACAGAGCGUCGAUUCUCGGGGACGCGAUUGAGUACGUGAAGGAUUUGCAGAAGCAAGUGAAAGAGCUGCAAGACGAGCUCGAAGAACACUCAGAAAUGGAUGAACAGCAACAACCAGAUAAUGUUGUUGGGGUUGAAGUGGGACCAAAAGCCGAUCAAAUGAAGACUCAAAAUGGGUUUCACCGGGGGAAAUCAGGGAAUGGCAAUGUCUGGAAGCAAAAGCAGGAAUUUGACGCUCCAAACGAUAAGCAGACACAACAAAUGGAGGCGCAAGUGGAAGUGGCAGUGAUAGAAGGGAAAGAAUUGUACGUGAAGGUGUUCUGCGAGCACAGACCUGGUGGGUUUGUGAAACUGAUGGAGGCAUUCUACGCUCUGGGGCUGGAAGUCAUCCAUGCGACAGUGACCAGCAACAAGUGCCUCGUCUCCAAUGUUUUCAAAGUGGAGAAGAAGGAGGAUGAAAUGGUAAAAGCUGAAGAGGUCAGAGAGUCCCUAAUGGAGCUCAUAAGGAGUCCAUGUAGAGGGUGGAAUCAUGAGAUGAGCGCAAGUUCGGCAUCAGAAAACUAUCAUCAGCAAGAUCAACAACUUCACCUUCACAACCACCGCACGGGUGCUUAUAACCCCCAUCAUUUACACCACAUUCAUACCUAGUCUUUUUUUUACCUCUUCAAAUCUUAGGCUCAUUUCUUGUACUUUUUUUAAUGCUGUUUUGCCCAUAAGCUUAGGCAAAUUAAGUGCAAAAAAUGUUGAAAUUAUGCAUGUCCGGUGUUGGUUGCCAGAUUGGAAGCACAACCACUUGAGCAAAAAGAUUUACUGGGAGGGAAAUCAAAUCAAAUUCAAGUUAAGGAACGUCACUUGCUCUUGCAAUCGUGAAUUCGACCAAAACAGAAAUGCUAUUUUAUUUUGUUCUAAUUCUAAAUUCUUAUUUGUUUGUUCCUGCAUAACAAACUCAUUAACAAA